AUGGGCGACGCCUCUCCAGAGAAAGAACACAUCCUGUGCCUCCUUCCCUUCCCCGAAGAUGAGAAGAUCCUCAAAAGUAUCAAGGAUAAACAUCCUAAUGUAGAAUUCACAUACCGUCACAUAUUGCCCGACCAUGGGGGAAUAAAGAUCUCGACAAUUCCAGAUGACUUAAUGAAGGAGGCUACGAUCCUCGUAACCUUAUCCAAACUACCUUCUCCGGAGCUAGCUGUGAACCUGAAAUUGAUACAUCUCUUCAGUGCGGGUGCAGACCGUGUGCUGAGCACACCGAUUUGGAAAGAAGGACAAAUUCCUUUCACCAACUCCUCGGGUGUCCACAGCCCUCAGAUCUCAGAAUGGGUGGUCUUGCAAAUCCUGAGUCAUGCCCACAGACAAAAAAUGCUUCUAAAGCUACAGAAGGAUCAUAUAUGGGGAAGUUUCCAAGAUGUUGGAUUUGUCAGAGACGGCGUAGGACAACGUCUCGGUGUCUUGGGUUACGGGGCCAUUGGGAGGCAAACUGCACGUGUUGCCAGGGCCCUGGGAAUGGACGUAAUAGCCUACACGGCCAGUCCCCGCACCACCCCCGAAAGCAAAAGAGACCAUGGUUAUAUCGUCGAUGGAACCGGCGACCCAGAUGGCAGCAUCCCCAGUGCUUGGUACAGUGGCCUCGAUAAAGCCUCUCUCCGCCAUUUCCUCUCGCAGGACAUUGAUAUUUUGCUCAUCUCCGUACCCUUGACCCCUCAAACGAAACACUUCAUCGCUGCUGAGGAACUCCAAAUUCUCGGCGAGAAGAAAAAUGCUUUUAUUGUGAAUAUCGCCCGUGGUGCCAUCAUAAACCAGGAUGAUCUUAUCGCCGCGCUGAAGAAGAAGCCAGCCGAAGGUGGACUAAGGGGUGCAGCUUUGGAUGUCACGGAACCGGAACCGUUGCCGGAAGAGAGUGAGCUAUGGGAUUUGGAAAACGUGGCUAUUACGCCGCACGUUAGUGGGCUAGGGACUACGUAUGCGGAGCGAAGUUUUGAGAUCCUAGAUAUUAAUUUGACGAAUUUGGAGCAAGGAAGGCCGCUUAUUAAUGUUGUGGAUAGGAGAAAGGGAUACUAA